UGCUGGGGCCGUGGAGGCUGGGCGCGCUCUCGCAUUGUGGCUCACAGCUCUCUCGCGGCUUGCCCCCUUGCCGCCGCCGCCGCUGCUGCUGCUGCAGCUGCUGCCGCUUCUGCUGCUGCUACUGCUGCUUCUGCCCCAUCUUCAGCCUCUCGCUCUGAGCGUCCAGUGCUGCGCUCUUCCCAAGACACGCAGCGAGAGAGGGACACGCGCGCGCACGCAGAGAGAUCGAGAGUACGAGAGAGAGAGGGUUAAAGAAGAAGGGGUGUUGCAUCUGCGGCUGCUGAGCGGAACGGCCGUGGUGGGUGCCGAGACGGAGUCGCGAAUCGUGAAGGGAAAUGCGGCAGCGGUCAGGCAACAUCGCGUGAGUCAUCCCGGCAGCUCGCCUAACCACAUACCCGCACACCUACCGAGCAAGCCGACCCAGCCGCCGACCCCCCAACGCACCUAAACCUCCUGCAUCCACCAACCCACCCAGCUACCUAUCGACCUACUCAACUCAUCUUCCGGCAGAUACAACAUUCAACAACAACAGCAGCAGCAGCCACUCACAACAACCUUCACCACCACCAGCAGCAGCAGCAACAACAACAACAUUUGCACCCCUGCCCGCAGCCACCCAGUGGCGCGGUAGCUCCAGAGAUGCAUGGCAGGGUGCACUGUGCCUGGCACGCGGCUCGCAUCAUCGUCGCGUGAAGGAGGACUUCCCAUCACCAGCAUCACCGCCGCCGCCUCUUCCUCCUCCUCCUCGGCAGAGGAGAUCGAGGCGGAGAGCUCGUUGGCCGUGGCGAGAAGAAACACGGCGAAGAAGACGAGGACAUGGGUGAUAUGGGAGACAACUCCAAAAAAGCGGCUGGCGUCCGUGUGCGUUGGCUGCGGCGCCCAGAUCCGCGACCCCUUCAUCCUGCGCGUGUCGCCCGACCUCGAGUGGCACGCCUCGUGCCUCAAGUGCGCCGAGUGCGCGCAGUACCUGGACGAGACGUGCACAUGCUUCGUGCGCGACGGCAAGACCUACUGCAAGCGGGACUACGUCAGGCUGUUUGGCAUCAAGUGCGCUAAGUGUGGCGUGGGCUUCAGCAAGACGGACUUCGUGAUGAGGGUGCGGACCCAGGUGUUCCACCUCGAGUGCUUCCGCUGCGUGGCGUGCAGCCGCCAGCUCAUCCCGGGUGACGAGUUUGCGCUGCGGGAGGACGGCCUCUUCUGCCGCGCUGACCACGAGCUUCUGGAGAGGGCCGGCACCGCCGACGGCAUGGGCAGCCCGGGGCAGGGGGGCGGCCGGCCCCUGCAGCUCGCUGCCGAGCCCAUGUCCGCGGCUGGCCGCCACCACCCACUGCGCCCGCACGUGCACAAGCAGGCGGAGAAGACAACGCGCGUGCGCACGGUGCUGAACGAGAAGCAGCUGCACACGCUGAGGACCUGCUACGCGGCCAACCCGCGGCCCGAUGCGCUCAUGAAGGAGCAGCUCGUGGAGAUGACGGGCCUGAGCCCCCGCGUCAUCCGCGUCUGGUUCCAGAACAAGCGCUGCAAGGACAAGAAGCGCAGCAUCCUCAUGAAGCAGAUCCAGCAGCAGGGCGGUGACAAGACGAACCUGCAAGGCCUGACGGGCACGCCGCUGGUGGCUGGGAGCCCCGUGCGGCAGGACGGGCCGGGCCUCCCUGUGGGCGCCGUCGACGUGCAGACCUUCCACCAGCCGCCCUGGAAGGCGCUCAGCGACUUCGCGCUCAGCAGCGAGCUCGACCAGGGGCCCUUCCAGCAGCUGCAGGUGAACUUCUCGGAGGGGCGGCCGGGCUCCAACUCGACGGGCAGUGAGAUCACGUCGCUCUCGCAGCUGCCCGACACUCCCACCAGCAUCGGCUCCAGCCCCAUCGAGGCCUGAGCAACAGCAGCAGCAGCGGCGGCGGCAGCGGCAGCGGUGGGGCAGAGCAUCGCCCCCGGCCUGGAGCGGACGUGUGGCAGUCAGCUGGCCGGGCCGAUGGGGCCGGCCUGUUUGGUUGAUGGGGUCGUUUGGACAGUCGGUCGGUCCGUCAGCCGCUUUGGCUGCUCGCCUGGUUGUUUGGCCGAUUGGUUUGCUGGUGAAUCGGCCGGUCGGUCGGUCACUCGGCGGUUAGACGGCCGGUCUGUCGGUUGAUCGGUUGCCCUGCUGGUCGAUGGGGGGAGGGUGGUGUGGGAUGACGACGAU